GGGACUGCGAGCAUUUCCUCCCAGGCUGGCCCAGCGCGAUCCCGGGGAGGGCGGGGGCGGGCAGACGCAGCGCAGCGCUCGACCCUGCCGGCACCAUGCGGCCCCUGCUCUGCGCGCUGGCCGGGCUUGCCCUGCUCGGUGCUGCGGGAGCUUUAGCGGCUGUAGAGCCCUUCAGUCUGGCCCGAGGAGACUCAGCCGGGAGCGCAAGCUGUGACCAACACGUGGCUCUCCAGGGUCGUUUGAACAUCCUAGAGGAGACCGUGGAGAAGACCGUGGAACAUCUGGAGGUGGAAGUAAAAGGAUUGCUGGGCCUGCUGGAAGAGCUGGCCUGGAACCUGCCCCCAGGACCCCUCAGUCCGUCCCCCGACUUUCCUGGAGACGAUCUCUUCUAAGCCCAAAGACCUCUGGUGGAGCCAGUGCAGAAGACAUGCACCUGCCAGACAGCCCCAGACCCCAAGGAGCCAGAUCCUCCUCCCUCCUCAGCUACAUGUGAAAUAACAGCUACUCCUUCCAUCCUUGCCCUCAACUCCAACUUGUGUGUGCUGCCUGGGUCACCUCGGAACCACAGCUGCCUCCCCCAUCUACCACCAUGCCCUGGGCUCAGCCCUGGGAGACCCCGCCCAUCCGUGUUUCCACCCUCCUGACCCACGGGGCAGGGGCUGCUGCACACAGGUCAGGUGCCGCCCAGCUCCGGGCCCUGGAGUGGCCUGGCAGUGCUCACUGUGCAGCUGCAUCUCCUGGCUGCUGGCCAGCAGCGGGGGCUCCUGGGGCCCACCAGGCCCGCUGGAAUCACACCUCUGUGCAUUGUGCUGAGAUGUGCCGAAAUCCUCAGGCCCAGAAUAUGGCUGUUGAGGUCAAAUUCAACAUUUUUUAGCCACUUGAAACAAACAUUCAGUGGUUUCCAGUACAUUCGCAAUGCUGUGUAGUCCUCACCACUUGUUCCAGAACACUUUUGCCCCGGGAUAUGGUCACUUGUCACUCUCAUUCCCAGCAGCUCCUUGGAAAGCAUGAAUCUGUCUCUGCUAUUCCAGACAUUCAAUAUACAUGAACAUGGCUUCUUGCA